AUGACUGCCAUGGCCUUGACAGAAGUUCCUCGGCGUGGCUGCUCGUCCAAAUCCUUCAAAAAUGUGUCACGAGGUCCAAGUCUGGAAACAACAACAGCUGGAAGUGCAGCAAGUGUUACACCUUCAGCACAGUCGGCACAGUCAGCACAGCAGAGUUUGGCAUCAAGCUGUGCUGGGAAUGCCACGCCGGUUCUGGACACUUCAUCUACUUUAGUUUUUGUCGACUGGGAUGACACUUUGUUUCCCUCCACCGAAAUUUUCGAUCGCUGGGGUCUCCAGCUCCGAUUAGAGGAGUCGGAUGUGUUAAAUGCUGAACAGCAAGAACUGCUGAAAAUGUGGCGAAAGUCACUGCAGCGGUUCCUAAGGGCAGUUUCGGAAUUCUCAGGGCAUUGUGCAAUUGUGACGAAUGCAGAACCCAUGUGGGUGGAGAAUUGCCUGCAUCGUUUCGCCCCAGAAGUGCUGCAAGUCUUGAAAGAAGCGGGAGGUCCUGCAAUUUUACAUGCCAAGGAUGUUCUUAGAUCUCUGAGGUCCAGAAAGAGAAUCUGGCAGCAUGAUGAGAUUUCGCUCCCUGCUAGACAUUUAGAUGUUUACCGUGAAGAUGAUUUCCAACACUUCAAAUAUGUCGAGAUGACUGCUGCAAAAUAUCAAGCUAUGAAAAUGGAAUUCAAUCGAGUCUUUGGAAAUCGAGAAGGAAUCUCUCGGUGCAACGUGAUCAAUUUUGGAGAUAUGGAAUAUGAACACGAUGCGGUUCUAGAGCUUGGAAUGCGUUUAUGCGAGCUCCCUGAACUGCAAGAACCUCACAUCAAGUCCUUUCUUUUGCCAGAAGCACCGAAGAUCACGGAAUUAGCAAUCAGAUUGGAUUUACUCCGCCUUCUGCUGCCUGCGAUUGUUUGCCUCGAAGGUGACAUUUCUCUGAAUCUGAAGGAGUGGUGUUCCGAUGGAUGGAUGUGCACUCCUAUGGCACUUCUUUCAAAGGCUUUGCGAAUCCCGGACCUGGAGCAAAUUGAGAUGCCCCAUGCGUUUGGCUGGGGGCAUCCACCAUCAGAAAAUGAGGUGGCCGACAGCUUGCAAGAAGAGCCGAGCCUCAGGCGAGUUCCAGCUGCGAUCAACACCACACUGGACUCCUUUUCACGAGGAAUGCAAUGGAUGCGUGGUCUCCAGCUGAUUCAAGAGGCAGAGAGUCUGGGCUCGGCGCUGCCUUCAACGUACACUGCGGGAAUAGCAGCGCUGGAGAUGAUGCCAUCAUUUGUGCCCAGUUUGGUUCGCCGACAAUAUCAUUUGGCUCUCAGCAAAGGUUGUCAAAACUCGCAGAAUUUGGGAGAUUUAGUGUUUUCCUUUGAAAUGAUGACAGAAGUAGCUUCGGGCUUGAAAGCCCCAAGUGCGAUAGCACUGUGGCAUUGCAGCGUGGCUGCCAGUGGUCAGAAGCCAGAGGCAUGCGGCAUUGCCUCACUUGGCCCCUGCCUAGCGCGAUCAGCUUUGCCCAACUUACACUGUCAGGCCCAUGACUUCUCCCUUUCCCGGGAGCGUCUACUGAAGCACCUUUGCAAGGUUUGUCCGCAACGGCCAUCGGUAGAAUUCUUGGGUGUUCAAGCCUCAGACUGUCGCUCACGCACCGUCACGUUUUUGGGAGCCAUGGCGGAUUUCCGGACCUUUUGGUUGGCCUUGUGCUUGGCUUCAGCUUGGGGCUAUGACAAUGGAGCAAAGAACUCUCGCAAGCCGCCACUGGGCUGGUCCAGCUGGGUGGGACUUGGUCCUCAAUGGCCGGGACCAGAAGGUCAGUCUCCAGUCUUCGAUUUUUGUGAUGAAACCAGUGUGAAGCUCUCCGUGGAUGCCUUUCAUUCCGUCGGAUUAUAUGAUGCUGGCUACCGGCAUUUCCACUUGGAUGACUGCUGGGCGGACUUGGAACGCAAUGCAUCAGGAUUUUUGCAGGCCGAAAGGGAUCAUUUUCCCAAUGGCAUGAAAGCCAUUGUGGAUUAUGCGCACUCUAAAGGUCUCACCUUUGGCCUUUAUACUUGCGCUGGUACUCAGACAUGCGUAGGAGGCCGUCCAGGUUCCAAGGGUCAUUUCCGCGAGGAUGCUGCAGUCUUUGCAGAGUGGGGUGUCGAUGUGGUGAAGAUGGAUUGGUGCCAUACAGAGGGCAUGGACCCUCAGGAGACUUACACCCAGUUCUCCAAAGAACUGAAUCGAACAGGACGGCCCAUCCAUUUUAACAUGUGUGAAUGGGGUAAGGAUGCUCCAUGGAAAUGGGGUCCGAAAGUUGCACAGUCCUGGAGAGCGACUGGGGAUCACACUCCCAUUUGGGAAGAUACCAAGAAAAUUAUCGCAGAGAGGACCCAGAUUCCGGUGGAUGAGUCGGGUGGCUCAUAUGCCUGGAAUGACAUGGACAUGUUGGAAACCGGGAACUACAGGCAGGCUGCGCAUGCGAAUGGAAAAACUGGAAACAUGACUGCAACUGAGUAUCAGACCGAAUUCAGCAUGUGGGCCAUUCUCGCAUCUCCCCUGAUUGUCACCACCCCUUUGCUGAACUGCUCGAAGACUGAUCAGAUUGCUGGCAACUUCACUCCUGGCGCUUGCAGACCUUCCAUCACACCCUUGCAGAAGAAGAUCCUUUUGAAUGAGGAGGUCAUUGCGAUUAAUCAAGAUGACACUCCAGCUGGUCGUUUGCUCAAGGAUGGUGAAUGGAUGAUCUAUGGCCGAAAUCUGACUGAUGGAUCGAUGGCAAUUGCCUUUUACAAUCCGUCCGAAGUUGUUGCAAAGGUCAGCCUUGACUUCUCUUUGCUGGGUUGGCCAGCUGGAACAACGGCGACAGUGCGGGACCUUUGGGCAAAGACGGACUUUCCCGUGAGCAAGGACCGCUUCCCUGUGAAAGACUAUCAAGACGUGGAGGCGCACUCUACGCUGCUGUGCAGAAUCAAAAAGGAAUCGGAGAAGACAUGGAUCUCAGUGUGA